AGUGGUGUACCUUGAAUAAUAGUCUCCCAGGGCAAAGUUCCAAAAUUGUUCCCCCUAAACAUAUGUUAUGGUAGAUAGUUUUGGUCAGUGACAUUAUCAAAAGUGCCACCCAGUUCAGGGACAUUGCUAAAAAAAGGAAGGGGGGGAGAGAACCUUCAACCCGUUAGGUACACCAGUUUUUCCUUUUUCAACCCUUAAAAUCAUUUUAACUUUUAUGAACUAUCUAAUUUAAUAAUAGUAAUAUUACCGGGUAUUAAUUAUAUUUUAAAAAUAAAUUAGGUCUAAAUGAUAUUACUUAUAGUAUAGGUUUGAACAAGCCUACAUGGAAAAUAGAGUCAGUCAGUGAUGGGUAAGUCAUUAACAACACAUUUACUUAUGUAAAAUAUGCAAAUAGGUUUGAACUAGCCUACAUGGAAAAUAGAGUCAGUCAGUGAUGGGUAAGUCAUUGGCAACACAUUUACUUAUGUAAAAUAUGCAAAUAAAAUAUUAUUUAUUUUUAUUUUACAGUUUCAAAUUGGCUAAUGCUGAUCAUAUCAAAGGUAAAGAACCAAUCAUCCAUAUACUGUUAUGGUUCUGCCAAAUGUAGCUGAUGAGUGGCAUUAUUUAAAACAAUGGUGGUGCAAGUAAAAUCCAAAUCAUUUUCUUAACCUUAGUAUUGAAAAUCUCCAUGGAUGAUAUAAACUGUAAAGUUCUAACAAAAUAGUCAAGCCCUGUUAUUAUCCUCAAACUCAAUAGACUUUCAUCAACCAAAAAAUUAUAAUGACAACUAAAAUAAUAAUCAGGCCUGCAAAGCUGGGUGUUGAGAUAAGAGGAAUCAAUCUUUUAGCACCUCUGGGCAAAGAGAUGAUAACAAAAAUAAAAAGUGAUCUUUAUCAGCAUAGACUUUUGAUAUUUAAGAAUCAGGGUGUGAUAAGUGGAGAAGACCAUGUUAAAAUAAGUCAGUGGUUUGGAGAGUUGGAAUCAACAUUUUACAAGCAUCCAAAAUCGCCUCACCCAGAUGUGUUUAGAGUUUCAAAUGAUGAAUAUGAAGGUUGCAGAAAUGUUGGAAGAACAGGUUGGCAUAUUGAUGGCUCUUUCAUGGAGAAACCUUUCAACUUUGCCCUCUAUCACAUGGUAUCAGUUCCAAAAAUAGGUUGUACUGGUAAGAAAUUUCAGCCUCUUUUGAUUACCCUUAUUUUCUUUGUUUUUAGAUAUAUUUAUUAAAAUUAUUAACCUGUACAAAAAAGUCUGAAAAUUAGGCCACGAAUGAUUUAAUUUUUAUUAUGGAGGAAUUCUUUGUAAAAGCCACAUUUAGGACUAGAAGUAAAGUAGGCAGGAAUAUUUUCUCUAACAACACUAAAAAUAAAUAUUUGAUGGUCAUCAGUUUUUCAAUAAAGUAGUUCUAUUGAAAAGAUGUACAAUUUACUUGCACACACAAUUUAUACUCCAAUUGCCAGUUGUGCAUUGGUUUGAUGGAUUAACUUCUGGGUUUGGAAAACUUGUCAACUUUGGUUUGUAAUCUUUUGUUACUUGAGAUAAAGAUUUGGGAUUUCUAUCUUCGGUUAGUGAGAGCAUUGGCUUUCUAUUAGGGUUACAGUAGGCUUUAAAAUAUUCCUAAAUGCACUUUUAGAAGGUGUUGUAAAAAUUGUGUGGUGUACUGCUUUGAUCAUUUGUAGAGAAGCUUGAUGAAAGUAUAUGGCGAAUUUUGUUUUCCCUUUUUUUCCUUCUUUUUUUUUAUUGUUAACAAAAUAUUUUUAGUUAAAUCUUAUUAACUUAUUUUAAAUCAAGGAAACAUAUUUUUUUUUCUUUCAUGAAUGUUUUAAAUCAAAUUAUUGAAGUCCUUCUAUUUUUGUUAUGUAUGGUAUUAUUAAACUUUGGAAUUAUAUGUGUUGAAUGUUGAUUAUUUAAUCCAGCAUUUGUUGGUUUCAAGGAGCUUCUUAUGUCAAUAUCAUCUGAAAAAAGAGCAUCUUGGGAUAGGUUGUGGAUGGUAGGAAAUGGACAUGACAUCAUUCACCCUUUGAUUUACACUCAUCCUGAAACUAAGGAACAUGUGAGAAAAUAGUGAAUUCAAAUAUUUAGAGCUCUUAACUUAUGCCAGACUUUUUUUUUUCCCCACAAUGCUCAAAACCUGUACACAUUGAUGUUAAAAUUUUUUUUCUAAUUUAAGACAAAUUAUUUUGCCUUAAAAAAAAACUUUGUCAAGUAUUACUAAGCAUGUCUUUGCAGGUAAUGUGCUUCCAUCUAGGGAUGAUUAGAUGCUUUAUAUGGGAUUAUGGAACUCAAAAUCAACGAAUGACAGAUUAUAAUGAAACGAGGCAGAUUUUUCAGGACAUUCAUGAUGAAAUAGUCAAAGACAAUGAAAAGCUGGUUUAUGAGCAUCAUGUAAGAUUUUAAUUAUACAUUCCUACAUACCUAGAAAAACACAGAUUGUGUAAAUUUUUGAGUUGUUAAUAUCAACCAAUUACUAAAAUGUAUUAAAAUCAACAAAUACAUUGUGUCCAUUAUUUUUAUGUUUUCCAGUGGGAGAGAGGGGAUUUCAUCAUCUCUGACAACCGAGCAGUGGCCCAUGAAGCCACUCCAGAGACACAAUAUCCAGUGUCAAUGGUUGGCCUACGAGUGCUGCACCGGACAACAGUUGCUGGGACAACAAAACCAUUCAAAUGAACAAGUCAUUUAACCUAUACUUGGGAUUCACAUUGUUUUCCAGUCCCCAGUCUUCAUGACAUAGCUACUUAUUAGUUUACCGAAUGCUUUAUGUCAUAAUCCCAUUUACAAAAUAAGACUUUUCAUUUCAUUAUUUCAGUGUAUAAUUGAAUUAUUUUAAAUUCUAAGAAAUUAUUAUUGGAACUGGAAUCUUUUGUUAUUUGCUUUAAAAUCCACAAAUAUAAACAUUCCAAACAAAAAUUUUCUUUUAAAAUAAUUUUAAUUUAAAAAAAAAAAAAUACAGAUGUUUUUUUACAAUAUUUAUUGAAAGCUUAAUUCUGUGGUGCACUUUUGUUUGAAAUUUUAAAAAUUAUAUCAAUAAGAAAUGUUUCACUACAGUACUCUACAAAAGCUUUUUUGGCUAAUUUGCUUGAAGUGUUUCUAAGACUGUUUUAAUUUAUGCCAACAUGAUUAAUCCAUCAAUCAAUAUUUUCCUUACAUUGAAGAAUGUUAAUGAACUAUUUUAUUUAAAAAUUGAAGAAAAUGCUGCAUGCAUAUGUAGUGUACAAACAAAUUUUUGUAGGCAUCAAUUUUAUAAAUGUUCUUCUUGCAUAAAAAAAUGUAGUUAUAAACUUGAAAUUAAUUUUGUUUCAAAUCACUGUCUGUACAUUUUCCAUUGAAAUAUAUUUUGUACUGCCUUAAACUUAAAAGAUUUUACUCUGUCUUAGUCAUUCAAUGUUAUUUAAAGUAACAUAUAAUCAAACAUAUUUAAGUGGGAGUUACACUGAAACUUAUUACGGUAUAAUUUUCAAAGCCUGAAGGAUGUUAUUUAAGGGACUACAUUCUUGUCUUGUCUGGUGAAGAAGCAGAAACAUCCUUUUUUAACUGUCCUGUCUUCCCAUUUCCUGAACCUAAACAUAUCUUGUUCCACUAUUUCCUUCUCAACUUGAAAUAAUGGUAAUUUAAAAAUAUGAUUUGUAUGCUUGUAGAAAGUUAUAUUGUCUUUCUUCAUCGUUAAUUUUUUUUUUUUUUAAUUUGUAUAAAUAAAUGAGCGCUUUUAAUGUGCAACAGACCUCCUUGCAUUGUGUCAAAGCCAGAUCUAAAAAUAAAUGUCCAUAAAUGUGUUGAGGUUAUAAAUUAAUAUUUAUAAGUCACCAUUAAAAAUGCACAAAUCUUUGCUUGUGUUUUUUGCUGUAAAAUCUGAUUGUGGAAUUUAAUCAAGGGUUAAAACCAAAAUAUGAUUAUAUCAAAUUUUACUCUUAAUAUAAAUUAUUGAAUGUGACUUGAAUACACUGUAAAUAAACAAUUCAAUCAAAAAUGUUGUGAUGUAAAAAUAUAUGUGCUUGCAAAAUUAUCUGUAAGCUUUCAGCCUCAUACUGAUAGGUCAGCACAGAGCAGAACAUUGCUACAUUGACAAUCUCUCAGAAAAAAAGAAAGCAAAUCUGGGUUUCUGAUAUUAAAAUAUAUUAAUGACCAUGAAUAUUUUACCAGUUUCUGAUGACAAAUGUUAAUUUAACAAAUCAACAUCAGUGAUGUAAGAGUUGGAUCAAAGAGUGUAAUAAAAAAAGAGUGAAAUAAAAGCUUUAUGUUUCAGACUACUAAACCAAUUUUGAGUAGUAAAUAAUGUUUCAUCAGAGCAAUAUUAAAAGAAUACCAGCAAGCGUUUGGUUGUGUUUUUUUUUGUACCUGUAUCAUGUGCUCUGCUAAGAUAUGGUUGGGUGGCAUCACAAUCCCAU